AUGGAUGAAGAUCAUGAAAUCCUUACUAACAAACGCCAGAUUCUUGAGUCUAAAGCAGUGGCAUUGCAACGUUUAGUUGAUCACAUUAAUGUAGAACUAACAGCAAAUAACUUACAACAUGUAGAAUCUAUUGUAAAUAAUUUAAACCAUGCUUUUACUAUUCUCUCAGAUAUAGAAAAAGCAAAAAGCCAUAGAAAACGACGUACAACAUGGA